CAAUAAAUUCUCUGUAGUAAGUUGACACAUAUGCACGAGAAUUACACAACUCAAUAAGUGACCGCCACUGAUUAUUAUGUAUCCUUAAGUGGUGGAACUUGACACGGAAAAUAAUGUUAAAAGGUACUGUAUUCAGGAUUUGAUCCACUUUCAUACAUGAAAUAACAAUUUUUUAUCAGUGUAUAAAGAAGAACUAACCAAAUGAAGAUCACCCUCUUUUUUCAACAACAAUUUAUCCCAAAUUACAUACCUCAAAUGUAAUACCCCAAAAUUUCCUAGAGCAUAUAAGUUGAGUUAGGGACUUAAUAGUGAGAAAACAUUAUUAAUGAACCUAACUGUCAAUUUUUCAAACUUCAAAGGGGUUAAAAGGCUAUUAGAUAAGGUCGGCUAACUCAUUUCCUUUAUCUUUUUCUUCUUUCUUUCUUUCUUUCUUUCCAGCAUUUUCGCAUGUCUGCUCUGUUUUCCUUUCUCCCUGCAGCCGAACAUCACCAGCCAUUUCCAGCGCCUUCAUUCGAAAAAUUGGUAAGAGAACUUGAUGAUUUUUGUUCUCCUCUUGCCCAAGAGCAAGUCUAGAACUUAGAACUUCUCUCUCUUGCAGAAAUUUUCCCAGAUCUGCUGCCUUCUUCCUUCCCUGCCGCUGGCUGUUGCUGGGUAUAAGCUUCGGUUUUUCCUGGUAAAAUCAGCCUAGAAACUCCUCUUUUCAGCCUUGAUUUAUGUUGGGUCACUCUAAUCUUGUUGUUCUUUCAAUUGCCAGUGGCCCGUGGAAGUUCCCCAAUUUUUCCCACCGGCUCCUCCCAUACCCGCCAGCUCCAGCUUUGCUUGCUCAGCAUUUCUGGUAAGUUGGCUUCUCUAAUCUCCGAAAAUUGAUGGAUUAAUUGUUGCUUUGUGAGGUUAAUUGGUUGAAUGGGGGCUGGGUAGUCCAAAAAUUUGCUGGGAAUAGGGGGGUUAAUUUCCGGUAGCCUUGCAAUGAGUUUUGAGUUAAUUUGUGUAGAAAAUCCUUAAUUUGGCUGUUGUAUGUGUGCCCGAGAGAAAAAGAGGAAAUUCUCGAGACUUGCCCAUUUUUUUGUCAAGGCCAGUUCUCCCAAAUUCUUGUCCAUGAGUUUGAAAAUUGUAUAUGUGUAAUCUUGUAAUUGAAUAUAUAUAGAUAAAUACCCAAUCCCAGUGAAUGCCCAAUUUUUGGAUAGGAAAUAAAUAAAGAAAUAAAAUUUCCUUAUAGAUAUUAAUUUGGGAAUAUUGUGAUUAGGUCCUUGAUUGCCCCGUGAUCCUAACACUUGGAUUAAGCCUUUUGUUUGCGUGAUUAAGGUAAGUAAAUUAUGGUAAGUAAAUUAUGGUAAAACCCGUAAAUUUUUGAAGCAUAUUUUAAUUGUUUUCUGAGAUGGUGGCGAGGUUUAAAUGGAUUUAUUUGCAUUUGAGCAUGAUUAAAAAGGGAAUUUGAACUUUUAUCAUUUUCCUUCUUUUCUAGAAUUGAGCAUGCCCACAUGAGAUUCUUCGGUUUAUUUUUGAAAGUGAGAACGAUUGUGAAUUUCGGUUUUGUUUGUAAAGUUUGCUUGGUUUUGUCUCCAAUA